AUGACCCUCCAUCUUCCCCAGGCCAAUAAAAAAACUUUUCUACAAACACUGCUAUCAAAUAACUCUUCAAUUCCCAUUACUGCUAAUCAUCGUCCUCAACAACAAUAUGUUGACUUCUCUGAUGAAACAAACACUACAGAAGUUGAUGAAGAAUUAUUUAUUCCUUUAUCUACUGAUGAUAAAUCACGAUUAUAUACACCUUGGAAAUCAUCAGUGAUUGUUAAAGUGUUUGGAAAAAAAAUUGGCCAUCUACUGCUGAAACAAAAACUGACUUCGCUAUGGAAACCUACUGAAAACAUGUUUCUAAUUGAUCUUGGAUCUGAGUUUUUCCUUAUUAAGUUCCAGAAAGAAGAGAAUCUGCAAACAGCCCUUCAUGGAGGUCCUUGGUUUGUCCUUAACCAUUUCCUAUCUGUGAGGCAAUGGGAAGCUAAGUUUAUUGCAUCCAACACUCAGCUAACGUAUUCUGCUAUAUGGGUACGUCUCCCUGAGCUACCUACUGUGUUUUAUGAUAUGGAAAUCCUUCAGCGAGUGGGAGCGAAAUUGGGUAAACUAUUAAAGGUUGAUAUAUGCACGACAACUACUUCUAGGGGCAGGUAUGCAAGAAUUUGCAUUGAGGUACCUCUUGAAAAACCUCUCAAGACACAUCUCCACAUUGGCAACCACAAACAAACAAUCCAAUAUGAAGGCCUUAACGUUCUUUGUACUGCAUGUGGUAGAUUUGGUCAUGCUUUAAUCCAUUGUACCUUUCAAACACAACCACUUCCCACAUCCCUCGUUACUAAAUCUUCUAGGCCUCAGUCUGCUUCAACGUCUUCUACAACUCACUAUAUUCCCCACCCUACAAGCAAUCAUCAAUCAGCUGAGUGGCAAACUGUUUCUUUUCCAAAAAGAAACAACAACCGACUACAAUAA